CAGCUACAGCUGAGUCUCUGGAGUUAGCUACAGCGCUAGCCAUGAGCUAACAAGUAGCCAGCUGACUCUUUUCAUUCUGCCACCAUAUUUCAGCCUUCGUCAAACGUCGCACCGGGGUGAAUACUGUUAAAUAAGCCGUUCUCUCCAGGACUUUUAGGGUCUUCAUUUCACAAUCCUCCCCUCCAUCUUCAGCUCCACCUUGAAGUCUCUUUACGCUCGGAUCUCUCGCUACACAGAGCCAUGGCAACUGCGAAGCCAAAAGGGCAGAACUCCCUCGCCCUUCACAAAGUGAUCAUGGUGGGCAGUGGCGGUGUGGGGAAAUCUGCCCUCACUCUCCAGUUUAUGUAUGAUGAGUUUGUGGAAGACUAUGAGCCCACUAAAGCUGACAGCUACAGGAAGAAAGUGGUGCUGGAUGGAGAGGAGGUACAGAUUGACAUCCUUGACACAGCUGGACAAGAGGACUACGCAGCCAUUCGGGAUAACUACUUCCGCAGUGGCGAGGGUUUUCUCUGUGUAUUUUCCAUCACAGAACUGGAAUCGUUUGCAGCUACAGUAGACUUCAGAGAGCAGAUCCUGCGAGUGAAGGAGGACGAGAACGUGCCCUUUCUUUUGGUCGGCAACAAGUCAGACUUGGAUGACCGACGGCAGGUCAGUGCGGACGAGGCGAAGGCACGUGCAGAGCAGUGGGGUGUGUGCUAUGUGGAGACUUCUGCCAAAACCCGUGCCAAUGUUGACAAGGUGUUCUUUGACCUGAUGCGAGAGAUCCGGGCGAGGAAAAUGGAGGACAGCAAAGAGAAGAACGGGAAGAAGAAAAGCAAAAGUUUGGCCAAGAGAAUCCGAGAGAGAUGCUGUAUUUUAUAGUGGUAACAGAGAGCAGGGCAGCUGCUUGUGUACAUAUACAUUUCUCAGACUUUUGCAUUUAUUUUGUGCCGAUAACCUGACCAUGACUCUCUCAUGUCUCUGGCUAACAGGACAUCUGACCGUGUGUCGGGGAGUAGUAAGGUGGCACUCCAUACACCAUUUAUAGCUCUAACUUUUUAUGUGCUGACACUCCAAAUAAUUUAUGUACUCUCUCUCUCUCUUACUCUGACCACAUUACAGAGUGUAAUAAAUGGAUGGUGUUUAUUUAGGCCUAAGCUUGACAUGAGGCUAAGCCCUGAAACGUUAAAAAAAAAAAACCUUUCAUGUAAAGUUUGAUGUGUAUAAUAUAUUCAGACAACUGUGCAGUUCAAAAGAAAAGAAAAGAAUUGGAAGUGUCAGAGCCAAGGUUUAAAUGGAGAACUGGAUUGUGGGUAGAAAAUGUUCGCUAACAGACUCAGUGUCAACACAGAAUUCAUCAAGUGCCAGCGAGGAUAUUUCCACUGCACUGGUGAGUCAAUGAAGCAUUUUAAUCGACAGAUCUAAAUUGAUGCCAUUCCUGUUGUUGUUUUAAACACUUCACUUUUAACAUUUAAUAUGAUUAGUAAGACUUAAUUCUUUCUCUUCUUCUCUGUAACAUAAGUGCACCACUGUUUGUUUGGUUCCCCUUUAUUCAUUGAGUCUCCACAAAUGCACAAACAUUGAUCAUUACCCUUAAAUUAGCGAGGGACUUUACAACGCUUGAACUUUUCAGUUCUGACAUUUCACAAGUUUUACCUCACUCGGCUAAUGACUUUCAUUGCCUUUUAUUUCUGCGAUAAAGGAAUCCCUGGUGCUCUGAUAGAAGGCGAUUCCACAACACUACAGACUUGACAUCCUGUCUUUUAUCUUCAAGUCGAUCCAGCUUCCAGUCAUGUAAAGAUUUCUUUUGCCAAUUCUACUCUUCCUGGCUCGGACUUUAACCACAAACUUAUUGUUUUGUACCUAAAUGCAUUUCUGAAUAGGGGCUUAGGUGGGAUUGAAUUAAUGGAUAGACAUAAAAUAUCUAAAAUGUAUGCAGGCUUGGUAGAUGUGUGGUGGUAACUGUCCAAAAAAAAAGUUGCUCUCAGUCACCAAAGACAAAUGCUAGCUAGCACAAACAAGUGCCCACUUAUAAAUGGAAGUAAAUGACAACUUGCUACAGUGAGCAUCUAAAGAAAGCACCUGAUGUUUGUGCAUUUUUAUAAAAGUGAUGGUGGCAGUAGUUGAGGAAGCGUCUAAAUGAAAGAAUUAAAUUUUCCAAGGCCUGUGAAAGAAACGAGGGAUUUAUUAAUUCAUGUACAGUGCAUCACUGUUGCCUCUCUGUCCAUUGUGAAUGUGAAUAAUCCCCCUCCUUCCCUUUCCCUUCCUGUUUGCCUGUAAUAUUAGGCUGCCAAUGAUGUGUAGAGUUUGCAGGUUCUGCUUUGUUUACCUUUUAUUACAUUUUAUGUAAGGUUACCUGAUUUUAUAAUGCUGUAGUAAAUGAAAAUCUGAUUUGUUCAUUUAUGUCUCUCAUAUGCUUUUAAUCCUACAAGCAAGUAAAGUUUGACGCAGUGUAAAAAAAAUUGGCAAAAUGAGACGACCAAAAUACACUGUGAAAUCUGCCCCUCUUUUCUCAUAAUGUCCCCUUCUGAUUGAGCCACUUUUUCUCUUUAUUUUUUAGCCUUUGUGACUUUUAUGUUAUUUAAGAUGAUGUAUUUAUCAUUUCUAAGUCUGGCAGCCAUCCGGAGGUUGUUGCCUCAUUUCAGUCUGACCCCUUUCAAGAUUUCCUCAAAGAAAAGGACGCCCAACACUGGAGUCUAUGCAAAAGUGAUUGUUGUAAUUGCAAAGGGAGGAGAUCCAAAUCAAUUUAAGACACGGUGGGUGUCGACUUUGAAUGACACUAAAUAAAGUAGAAGUUGUUUAGUAAACUCAGUAGAAUUCUGAACUAAGCUAUUUUACAUUUCUUUGUCAAUACAUGAACACUAGAGAAUUGUUUUAUUGGUAUUAGACUGUUUAAAAGAAGUGGAUGUAGAAAUGAUGACACCACUUAUGGGUAUGUGAAACCCCUCUUUUAAAACUCUGCAUUCUGUAGUUAGCCGUCAUGUUUUUUUUUUGUUUUUUAGAACCACAAGUGACCGUAUGUGGACAACAGGGUUGAUACCAUUGACUUUAUAUACUAAGAUAAAGAGAAAACAGACUCCUGGGAGGGAGGCCAACAUAUUUGGAGCUCCCCCUGCUGGCUGGCCUUGUCCCCAAAAUAUAUUUAUGAGUCACACUAUUGAGUUGAAAUAUAUAUCAGAUAGUUUGUCCUCAGAUUUGGAGUCUGUUGUGCCGGUUGGUUCAAGUUUUCAUCGUGACAAAUGAGGCACUUUUUAACUGAAUUAGCAAGUGGAGGAAAGGCAGGAGAAAAUAUAACUAACAAUAGUAACUGAACUCUCCAUCACCGUGGAUGUAUGCUUCAUAUGGAUUCAAAGAUCUGUUCUGUUGAUGACAGAACCAAUGUGAGGACAUUUGGUCAGUAAAUUUAAUGAGUGCUGUAUUUAACACAAGGGGUGUGAUGUCAGUUCUGUGGUUCAACCAACCAGCUCCCUUCUGUGCAUGUAUUGGCACCCAAAUUUUGAACCAGUGCAGCAUAUCCACAAACUUAAGGCCUUUGCACACUGGUUCUGGUCUUUUCUUACACAUUAUAAAAAAGAAAUAUGAUUGAAAAUAAAUGUUAACUGUGUUUGCACACUAACUAGGAGACUCUCACCCAUCAUAUUUUUAGGAAUGUCCGUUUGCAUCCGUCCAAGCUCGUGCAAAUAACCAAGAUACAGAUCUGUGCAGAACUUUUAGGCAUCAAGGCUGAAGUAAGGUGUAUGAUAGCAAGUAAGCUGACUGAGGGCACCUUCGUACCUGUUGUGCUCUUUGCAUAUUACCAGGGGCAUGGGAAAAUAAUCUGUUGAAAAGAUAACACAUGAUUCCUCACCUUUAGGGUGGAGUGAGGGGUGGAUGUGGUGAGUAAGCAUGGCCAAGGGUACCGUCCUGGGGGGGUAAUAGGGUUGCCACGAGUCCCUGGUUGUACAGUGGAUGUUCAAAGGGCCUAAAAACUGCGGGCGGUCUCUGGAUGUAUUACCAUGGGUGGAAAGGCCAGGACAAAGAGAUGCAGUCUAGCUUGUGUGUCGACUCUGGCCGCCUUUCCCCCACUCUAGUACCAGGUUGUGGCACAUCAGGCCUCGUGAUGAAUCCCUAGCACCCUAAAUGUCUAAAACGUAGGCACACUCUAUAUGAAGGUUUCUGUCAGGUUUGUUUUUGCAAGAAUAGAUGUAAUGGACUCGUGCAUUGGGCAAAGUUUGUGUGCAUGCUGUUGUUGGAUUAUGGAUCUGAAAAUAGCAGAGUCAUUGUGCAAACGCCUUUUGUCUGCCUUCAUUUUAGCACGACAGAAGGAGGCAGACAAGUGCUGACCAUUGUAAUAUACAGUCCUUUACCAAUGCAUUUUAACGUCUCUGAUCUGGUUGACGGUCUGCUUAUAAUGCGACUAUUGAGCCACAUAGAACCACAAGCACUCUGAUGUAUACCCUGUUUUAUUAUCCAUUUCACUCUAAAUUGGAACAAGAUUACAAAUGAACAUCAAGCUGUGCUAAUGAAGACACCAUAAAAUGAUCAAGAGUUUUUACUGAGGUAAUGGAGAAGUAGGGUUGUUUUGCCAUUUAGAUCACUCUAUCUCGACUUCCUUUAGCAAUCACUGGAGGAGCCCCCUGCUGGUCAUGAAAGAGAAUGCAGCUUUAAACCUCUUCAGCAUUAGCUUCACUUCAGAACCCCAGGCUACGUCCACUUCUUUUUCUCAGUUUGUUUUUUCACAUUAUUCACUGUCUUUGUCCUAAACUGACAGUAACGCAGAAGAAUGUCCAAAGCAUUUCUCGCCAACUGAAAAAGCACACCGAGAGUUUAAAGAUGAAGCAAACAACUGGGACGUCACGGCACCAGAAUGAUUGGAAGGUAGUUGAUAUAUUUUAAGGGCUAACCUUCAGGACAUGACAAAGUGAUCGAAACACCCCUGAAAGUUAAAGUGACAGGCACAGAAACUGACAAAAGUGUAAGAACAACAGUCUGUCUCUACCUUAUAACCAUAACAUUAACCCCAGUGUGUCCUCAUUGUUGAUGACUGCAGAAGCUACUUUACUUAAAGUGACCACCGUAGUGCUUGCUUUCUUUAACAUUGGCUUUACACCGUCUAAUUCUUGUUUCAAUGCUUUUUCAGAAUCAAAUUUUACUCUUUAUUAUGUUUCUUUGUCUUCAUGUGUAGUUUUAAUAGACGUAACGACCCUUAUGUUUUCAGCAGGAUUUAAGGGGUGAUACUAAAACAGAUCUUUGUGUGAAAGCUUUGAGCGGAAACAGUCCUUCUGGGUAUUCAAAUAACUUGUUUUGCCUUUUUAUAUAAAUACCCUUGGAUUUAAAAGUAGAUAUAUAAAUGUCUUUUGAUUGGACGGUUGUAUGUAUGCCAUCGAUUCAAUGUUUCCUUCAUGUUUACUUAUUUUGAACAUAACCACUAAUGUAGCCUGUCUGUUUGUGAAUGCAAGAGGUGAAGCUUACAUUUCAAUUCAUUUUUUGUGAGUUCUUUGGAAAUGGCAAAUAAAGUGGAUAUUACUAAUAA